GCGCUGGCGUGACUCCCGCGCCCUCCGUGCGCCGCGCCCUCCCGCGUCCGCAGCCGACUCGGCUUCCUGCCCGCCCAGACGCCGCUUCUCCCUGGCUCCGGUCUUGGCUCGGUGGAGGGCGAGGAAAUGAGUGCGGCGGCGGCGCCCGCGCCCGAGCGGGGCUGGAAGAGCGAGAAAGUGGACGAGGCUCAGGCCCUGGCGCGGAGUUGUGCCGCCCGCAGACCCGACUUCCAGCCGUGCGAUGGGCUCUCCAUCUGUGCCACGCACAGCCACGGCAAGUGCUUCAAGCUGCACUGGUGCUGUCACCUAGGAUGGUGUCACUGCAAAUACGUGUAUCAGCCUAUGACCCCUGUGGAACAGCUUCCAAGCACUGAGAUUCCUGCGAAGCCUCGGGAACCCACAAACACCAUCCAGAUUUCAGUCUCACUCACUGAACACUUUUUGAAAUUUGCAUCGGUCUUCCAGCCUCCCCUCCCCCCAGAUUCUCCCAGGUACUGUAUGAUUUCAGACCUCUUUAUCGACAACUACCAGGUUAAAUGUAUUAAUGGGAAGAUGUGUUAUGUGCAGAAGCAGCUGGCCCCACCUUCCCACAAAAUGAGCCCCCAGGAGGUCUCUGCACACAAUGCCUUAAUUUCAAAAGAGAGCAAUACGCCAAAAAUAGAUCACUGCUCUUCUCCCUCAAGUUCUGAGGACUCUGGGAUCAAUGCAAUUGGGGCUCACUAUGUGGAAUCUUGUGAUGAGGAUACGGAAGAAGGAGCAGAACUGAGUUCAGAGGAAGAUUACAGUCCGGAGAGCAGCUGGGAGCCCGACGAGUGCACCCUUCUUUCCCCCUCACAGUCUGACCUGGAAGUGAUCGAGACCAUAGAAACCACCGUGUGAGGUGGCGGAAGCCCCGCUCCCAGCCCCACGGAGCUUUUGUACUUUUGUCUGAUGGAUCCUUUUUCCGAUGCCGUUGGUAUUUUCUACCCCUCACACCCAUAGCAGUUCAGUGGUCUGCUGAUUAGUUUCACUCUCCAAUUAGUCUUAUAACUAAGACAUUCUUUUCUUAUGAACAGUUUUCUUUUGUACCUUACUUUCUAUGUAGCAUCUGGUGUCAUGAACUGUGACCCAGCCUUAAUUUCAGUGGGAACUUUGAAAGGGAUGAAGUGAUGAUCAGAGGAUCAUUGACCAGGUUGAGGAGCUACCCAGAGCGAAUAAGACAGUUUUCUAAAAAGCCAGUUCUUCACAGAAACACUCUGGCGUUCCUUUCGGGGGGUUUUAUGGGCAGCCCCUGCCCAGCCUGUGCCCUCUGGGAACCAGCUCACGUAAGAGAACAGAGUGUGCCCUGGCUGCUGCCGUGCGUCCCUCUACCCCUCUCCGUCCCACCGGCACUCGUUCUGGGCCCGUGUCGCCUUGGCUUGCUUCCAGAGGCUCCUGGAGGCGAGCUUGGUCUCUGGUGAUGACCAGUGUCUCCACAACCCUUCAUGACGUGGGCCUGAACUAGAUCUUCAUUUAAGAAGAGGGGGCGUCUUUAGUUCAUGCUCAGUCCAGCUCCAGCGAGCACAGGGCACUGUGGACCCCCAAGAGUGGGCCCAAAGUCCAGUGGGGGUGGUGGGGGAGGUAACGCAGGUAGCGCUUAGCCCGGCCUGGCUGGGGCGGGGUUGCAGCAUUUGAGUAGGCCCCUCAAGUGGGUUCCCCCACCAUUUCCCUGCUUUUUGUAGUUGUUCCUCAAGCCUGGGGAACUUUUUUGGAAGUUACAUAGGUAUUAAUUAUAUUUAGGAAGCAGCCACAUCGACGUCUUAAGAGAAAAUAAACCAGUCAUAGUUUUAGUUAGCAUGGAAAUGCUAAAGACAGCAGUCCUUUAGGGAUUAGGAAUGAAUCUAAUAGGUUUGAUUAACUCUGCUUCAUUUGGUUGUAUGAAGCAUUAGAAUGGCUUAGGUGAGAAAUGGAUUAGAAUUCAGUAUGAUGCAUGGAUUUUUAUGCAGAUGCAAUAGCAGUUGAAAUAGUUUGCUGCUAAGUCAGGAGAAAAUAUUUUGUGUAAUAUCCGUUCACUUUACUACAGUAAUAGUCAUAGUCUGUUGUCUUCUUUUCUCAUGCACACAAAAUAGCCACUAAUUCUCUCUUAUUUAGGGCUCUUCAAAAUUUUACUUCUAAUCUCCAUUUAUAGGGGAUAUUCUUGUGUGAGUCGGUUAUCUGCCAUUUCUCCAAGUCUGCUCUCAACAAGGCAUAGUUAACAGUUCAGGAAAAGUAAAAUAUGACCUAGCGGGCCGGGAGCCGUCAGUCGGGGAGACUCUUCUGUCCUGAGGCACGUGCCCGCUCUGUGGCACCGUCGCACGCACCAGCCCACGGCACGCCUCUUCCAUGGCACACUCAUUUGUGUCUUAGGAACUGAGAAGAGGCCUGGCCUUUUCCUCCCGAAGCUUCCGCUUGGCAGCCUUUGCCAGUCACUCCCGGCAGAACUUGCCUCCCCAGGGUUAUGUGUAGUUCAAGUGAUCGGCUAGAAUGUUCUGUUAGGCUUAGGAGCCCAAAACAUCGCAGGGUUUAGAAAGCAGAACAUGUGUAUUCCUUUGAACACAGUGUUCGUCAAAGCUUUUCUGCGUUAGACGAGAAUGCAGCAUGAAGUUUUCACUUACUAAAAUGAAAGUCUCAAGAAGUCACACCAAGAAUGUGCUGAGAAGAACUCUAGGAACUGCAGGCUACAGAAGGAAGGUGGAGGCGGGGUGCAGGGACGGGCCCCCCGACCUGACCUGCCCCAGUGGCUUGGGGACAGCUGGUGAGCCCGCCUGUGUGCUCAUUGUCCCUGCACAGAGACCAACCAGAGGCUUCGGACAGCCCACGGCCUGCAGCCAGCUCUCGAGGGCGCUGGCACCGCCUACCCCUACACUCAGGGUGAGCUCACUGCGCCCUGGGUCUGCGCCAGCGCCCUCUGUACACUGUUCCUGACAGUGCCCUACUUGAGGGUCUACUUUCCUGCCCACUGAACUAACUGGAGGCCACCGAGGCCUCCAGAGCCUGUAUCAGUGUCUGCGGCUCUUGCCUAGGUUUCUGUUUUUUAACCUCCUGAACUGCCAUUCAGACUAGCCACAAUUUUAAUGGAAUUUUUGGACGUUAUAAUGGUUGAUAAUCUCUUUAAAUAUUUGCACAAUCUCUUUAUAAUUAAAAAUUCACUAAACGUCACUUAGUGUUACCUACUUUAUAGAAUGGAGAUGUUUAUUGGAUUCUAAAUAUCAGAUGCUCCUGGCUCUCAAAAUAGCCCUUUCUAAACAAGCACAAACAAGAAUUUUUUUUUUUAUCCUAGCACAGUCAAUAUAAUUCUCUGAAAAUCAUACACGACUGAAUCAGAUAUAUUUCUUCUUGCUUGUAUUCCAAAAGCAACGGAUAAGGGAGAUAAACCUGUGUGUACUUUCAUCAUAAAUUGUAGGCCUAUUCUGUUCUAUAUUACAUAAAAGAAUUUCUCUGUAAUCCCAAUAUUAUAUUGCUCAUUUGUGUAAGCAUAUUUAUAGGCACUUUAGAAAAUGUUUAGACUGCAAUAUGUACUAUAGACAUCAAACACAAUCAUGUCAGUAGCUUUUUGGUUAAUAUUUGUACAGCUGAUAAUUUGGACCUGUCUGCUCUCUUGGAGCAAAGGGCUGGGUGGUGGGGUUGGAGAAACUGCUUUCCUGGCUUUCGUGGGGCCUUGCACCAUCCCCACUUUUUUUUUUUUUUUUAAGAUUUAUUUAUUUGUUCAUACAGAACUGGGGUACAGG